AUGAUUCAGCCACGUACUAUCUACAUUGUUGGUGCGCAUUGCACUGGCAAGACGACCCUUACCAAAGCGCUUAAUCCGAGAUACACUGACACUAUUGACGAAGUUGUCCGGCACGUCAUGCGCACGGACGGUUAUAAUGCAAGCCAUGUCAGACACCCAAUGGCGGGGCUGGAGCUCCAAAAGCGCACCCUUCUGGCUCAAUUCAAGGCCGAGGGGGAGAUGCAGGAUAAACCGUUUCUCUCAGACAGAUCUGGGAUUGACCCCAUAGUAUACGCCGGUUUCUUCCUCGGACGAUCUGCAGCAGAAAAACUCGCAGGACUCAAGGAAUGGCACGUGCUUCGAGAGCGGAUGAGAAAGGCACUUGUCAUUGUUUGUGAGCCGGCUAAUGAGAGCUGGCUAUCGAGUGACGGUGUCAGGAUGACGUGCGAGAGCAUCGACGAGUGGAGAUUGCUUGGUCAGGCGUUUCGUGCUGCGCUCCAAGAACAUGGAAUCGAGUUCGUUGCCAUCCCAGAUGACUUGGAGAAUUUGGAUGAGCGGGUGCGGUUCGUCGAACGUCUUCUCAAAUCUGAGUCCUGA